AUAGAAUUUCGUUAAGAAAGGAGGAGAGAGAGCCUUUAAAUUGAUCAGAAGAAAAUGUAAGAGAUAUCUAUGAAAGGUAAUUCGAAUAUAUUAACCAGCUCGACACUAUCUGCUAAUCGGUGAUUUUACGAGCGUGAUAGGAAAUGUCUACACGUUAGUGGAUCUAAAAUCGCGUUUUCGUUCUUCGAAGUCUAAUUUUGUGAAGAUUUAUAACGCCUUUAUCUUGUUCUCUCUAUCUAUAUAUUCUAUCUCUCUAGAUAACACUACAAUUAUCACGAAAAAUCGCCUUCACGUUGUUUAUUUGUACAUUAAUUCGUAAAACAUUAUUAUAAUAUAAAUUUUCUUUUGGAAAUUCUUCCAACACCACGAGAGCGUAGCGCUAAUUUUAAACCAGAAAUGCUGCCAGAAAUGAAUAUCCUCAUCCACGUAAAAUAAUAUUUCCUUCAAAAGUGGAUGUGACAGCGCCUCUUCGUGUCAUAUGAUUUAUUAAGACAAAAAUUAAUUUCUAAUUUGACCGCGAGCAUUCAAAAGUUGCCGUUUGCACCCGAGUGCGUCUAAAAUAGAUAUUAUCGUAGCUAAUGAUGCUCGCCAAAUGCGACAACGCGCAAUAGCUUAGUCGCUUCUCCAACAACAAUAAGAUAUUAUCGAAACUGCACACGAGAGCAAUUACUUGGCGAAUCGUGAAUUAGGCAGGUAUCGCAGGUAUAUGUAGCGACUCCCACGUGUCUCUAGUUGCGGCGGGUUGCGGGGGGCCGCGGUUUCCACGACCCUGGGGAGCGUCGCGACGCUUCGUAUACGUCUCAGUGCGAGGGUGCCGUUCACCAAGAGUGCGCCGCCGGGCCUCGUUCUGCCACUUGUCACCCUUUUCAUCUAUCUCUCCUUCGCGCACUUUAUCGCGCUCUUAGAAGAGUAACGCGAAAGAUCCGGUACUUUCACUUGGGUCAACAUCGCGAGUGCGUCUUGAGAACUUAUACCCGUCCUCGAUCCGAAGUACCAUCGCAAAGGCAAAUUGCGCCACCGAGCUGGCAUCGCGUGGCAUCGCAUGUCUGGAUCAAGCGCAAGUCCGGACGAGCAGAGAUAAUAACCUUCGUGGAGGGACCUUGACGUAUCACCGUCGUGGCACACAUCGCGUAACACAAUCAGUGAACUUGAUAAGCCCAAGGAAGUGAUAAUGCGAGCUUUAUAUAGCUAUUUGGAAUGUAUCGAACUAGAAGAGUAUGAAAAGAAUUUAAGUGUGCGCGACUGUCACGUUAAAGUGGUUGGUCUCGUUCGAUUUCGGUUUAACUGAUGGACUUUCCGUUAUGAUUUCUUCAAGUCUGUCGAGUUGUCAAAGAAUAUCAGCUACGUGAGUGCUUUAGAACUACACGGCAGCAGGAAGUCGGUAAAAGUUAAGUGCACCGACCAUUCGCGCUGCCGGGGUUCACUGUCAGUGCCAUCGCACGAGCGGUUUAAACCCCGACCCCAAUGUCGUCCGACAUUCAACCACGUCGGUUUCUUCUGUGCUCAAGCGCGACGUCAUAUGCCCAAGUUGGCAUUUGUAACGUGUCAAGAUCGUUAUACUCGUAGUACAAUUCGCCAUGAGUUAAACGACUAUCGGCGUGUCCAAAAUCAUACGGAAAAAAAGGGAACAAAAAGAAAGGGAAAAGAGAGAAAGCUCUUAUCGGAGAAACAGCAAAAUCUAACACGAAAUCGCUUAACGAGAUUUAGGAAAGGGCUAAAAAACAAUCGCUAAGUACCCUCGUAUCCCUUUGUGAUCGUCGCGCACCGCCACCACCAACCACUGCCUCUCUUCCACGCGCAUCCUCGAGCACCCGUCGAAUCGACCAAGCGUAUUGAAUGGUCGAGUAAAAGUAAAGCCGAGAAAAAAAUAAUUAACACACAUACACAUCACGAGAAAUACGCCGACAGCGGCCUGAGAAGUCAGUCAUGAAUCUUAUGUUCCGCAAGAACUUCGGGGGCGAGAAGGGAUUCGGUGGUGGCGGACUGACAAGUGGAGGAGGACUGGGGGAAGUCCGGCCCGUCCUGGGCACCACUACUUACGGGACCAGCGGGGCCUCGUUCGGCCAGGUAGGGACGCGUUUCGGGGCGACGCGCGGUGGUAUCGGCCAGUCGGCGAUCAGCAGCGUGCGUGGACCCGUACGACGCAGCCGGGAGUUCGGAUACUUUCCGUCGAUGGGCGAUCACGAGCACCAGACACACGGUUACCGUACUCAUUUGUUCCUGUCGCCGCCCGCAGGUGGGGCGCUCGGCUCACCCUCCGAGGACUCGGGCGAGCGACUGGGCCCGCCGCCGCGUCGCAACUCGGGCCCCCAUGUGAUUAAAUGGGGCGGCGGCGGGCCCAUCAGCUCCAUGCAGGGCGGUCAGAUCGGCAAUCAGGUCAGGAGGAAGCAAAAUCAAAUCGGUCAGCAGAAGGAGCCCUCCGACCCACCAACCCCGACUGCAUCCAGGCAGGUAUCCUUCAGCGGAAAUCGUGCUUCCGGUACUUACACACCUCUCGUGGUUUCCGGAAAUAGCCCGCCACGAGGCGAACCAAUCUCCUUGGCCACUUUGGACCGCGACUGCUUUAUUAUACCUCUCGCGUCUCUCGAACGCUUUUUACCAGCUGGUGUACCGCACGCUCCUGUCGCUGAUAAGAAGAGACCGGGAAGUCCUCUGUCGGUUCUCGAGGUCGAGGACCCGAAGCAAUGUGUUCUCGCGCAUUUCAUGACGCCACUGGAGCCAUUGGACCCGCUAAUGGAGUCUCCAGUGUCUCGUCCGUUGGUCCUACAACGCGACACCGCCGCGGAACUAGUCGCCGAGAUAGCACCCUCCGCGUCGCAAAGCAUUUUACUUACGAAUAUGGAGAAGAACGCGGAUUUCCCGUUCAUCACGUAUUAUCUAAUAAACAAGCAGAGCACGGACCCCAUAGAUUUUUACAACGAAGUGCAAUGCGCGGCCCUACGUAAGUUCGAUCCCCGAGAUCUCAGAUACGCGGCCAGUCACACCCUAGAUCUGUUCAACGAGGUAGCGACCAUCGCGAGACCGCCGCUCGAACCACCCGGUGGAAGACCGCCUAUUCCGUCCACCGGCUACAUAGUGUCGAUUUUUAAAGUUUUCGAGGGCGACGACGGCCUCAAAUUCGAACAAAACUGGCUGUACUGGACAGGUGCGCGAAUGAUGUAUCGAUACCUGCCGAAAUCGGUGGGUCUCAGGCGUAUUACCUUGCACAAGUCGAUGUCGCAAGGCGAUAAGAUGUAUCUGUUGAUCUGCGAGUGCUCGCAGCUGCAAGACAAUCUAUCCGCCGCGGCAAUACUUCUGCCGGCACUUCGUGCACGCCUAUGCGGAUACAUCGGGCUCUACAGACCCUCCGUGUGCUUCUGAUUCCUCACCCGGCUGGUAGAGUCUGCGAGGAGCAUCUUUUCGAGUCGCAUUACUACGUAUAACUCUGCAGAAAAAUCCGAG